GACCAUGGGUGAGGGUAGGAGCAUAGAACAACCAGUUACACAUAUCAAAAAAAAAAUUUAUGAAAUAUCUGCUAAACAUGUUUUUUUUAUAAAUGUGGCACAUUUUAACUUGCAUAUAAACAGCUAACCCUAACCCUUCUCAAAAGUUGGACAAUCCUAAUAUAACAUUAAAGUAAUGAAAUGUUUCAUGAGGAUUGAUCAUGAAUGUUUCUGGUUGAGUUUUUCCUUAUUUUCCCAGAAUGGGCCACCACAAACAAAUAACCUAACAGAGUCAUGGCCUCAUGAAUACCUUGAAAAUAAAACUUAAGAUGCUUUCAGCUAAACUCGGGUCAUAAAAGAAAUUUGUUUUAUUGCUGUAAUAUUUAUUUCAAAUACAAAUUUUUUAUUCUUUGGUAUUUCUCUUUGAGAAAAAAGCUAAAAAUGACUUGAUUUACUUAUUGUGGGCAACAGCAAUCAGAAACAGGAUGUUGUCACGUGUUUAUUUCACUGUGACCUGAACCACUGAGCUCAGCAUAUACAUUUAUAGAGUUUAUUCCUGUUCAUGACAAACAGCAGCUGCACUUUGAGAAGAAUCGAAACAGAUUAAUAAAAGACACCUAUUGUUGAGGAGCAUGCCAGAGAGGAAAUGGCACUAGAUUGUCCUUUAGGGAGCAUGCAGGUGUGGACUCUGAAUAGGAAAACCUGGCUGAGAAGAUGGAGCAGUAGAAGAAGAUAAAGGAGGGAGAGAUGUUGCACAUUGGCGUUAACAGCCAGUGUUCUGCCUCUCUUUCUCUCUCUCCCUCGCUCAGCUCCCUGCUUCUUCACUCUGCCCUGCCUAAACACACAGAAAAAUACACACUUGCUCUUCAGGCGCUCGCAGCUCCGUUUGAUUUCCAGUCUGCCCCGCAGUUUCUUUCUCUUCUCUUGUAAAGGACAGAGUUGAUCAGCAGAGCAUGACACUUUUAAUGGAAGCUGGUGUGAAUCGACCUUUUGCAGCGGCAGUUCGGAUGGCGGCUGAGAUGUGCCGUUGACCCCAGAGAAGACUUCAAUUUUCCCUUAAUCAGAAGAUCUCAGGGAAGAUAAAGCAGAUACAGAGAAGAAACGGAGAGGGGUUCUCCUGAAGGAGACGCUUUGAUUGCUUUGUUAACUUCUUUGAUCUGGAAUCAGCUGACAGAGUGAAACACGUGGAGAUGCUGCUAGGUGCACUGACCCAGAACCAGGUCCACCCGCUCCUCAGGUCUCUGCCGCUGCCGGGUCGGCCCCUUCCGUCACAGACUCAUCCUCAGCUAGAGCACUUCCUGCCUCUCAGGGUCAACGGAUCCUCACCGCUCAGCCUCUUCCCCAAUUUCAACACCAUGGACCCGGUUCAGAAAGCGGUGAUCAACCACACCUUUGGCGUGAGUCAGACAAAGAAGAAACCCAUCAUAUCGUGUAACAUCUGUCACCUUCGCUUCAACUCCACUACCCAGGCAGAGGCCCACUACAAAGGUCACAGGCAUGCUCGAAAGCUAAAGGCCUUAGAGAAUCAGAAGAACCGCCAGAAGAACGGACACGGCCAGUCCUCGGAGGGAAAAGAUGGAGACAGAGAGGACAAUCUGAUGGGAGGAGCAACAGCACCAGACUUGCAGCUGAAAGACAAAACAGACUCCAGCACUUCAUCCCACACAGCACAACAGCAUCCUGAAAACACCCAGGAGUGCUCAGCAACAGCCCUGCCUUCAUCCACAGACUCCUCACCACUCCCCCUGGCUCACCAGACUCCACAAAUCUCCUCAGAAUCUGAGCUUUCUGAUCCACCUUCAAGCAGUCCUCAUGCAGAUGUGUGCAGCCCAGACUCUGCUUCAGCACCACACUCUGACAUCCAAGGAAGCUCCACAGGAGGAGAGGAGGAGGAGACUGGGAAGGAGGCCAGGGAAAACAAAAAGCAUCUUCACUGUCCAACCUGCAAAGUGACAGUCAAUUCUAGCUCCCAGCUAGAGUCUCACUGUAGUGGGUCGAAGCACAAACAGAUGCUAGACGGUCAGCACAGCCAUCGUUCACACCGCAGAGUCAAAUCGGGAUCAUCUCAGAGGCCAAAAAGCCGAAUUAAACAGCAAAUCAGGAGCAAGAGCAGAGCGGUGGUCGGUGUGACCAAUCAGGCCUUUCACUGUGAGCUGUGCCAAGUGUCUGUUAACUCAGAAACACAGCUGAAGCAGCACAUGAACAGCAGGAGACACAAAGAGCGUUUGGCGGGGAAGCCUGUGAAGACUAAGUUCACCCCCUACAAUAAACUACACCCCAGUGUUAUCUUUGCGACCAAACUGGCCCUGCAGAAGCAGCUAUCCAAAGCCCUGCCGGCAGGGCUCCUGACCAGCCCACUCAAUCCAGCCGCUUUGUGCACCAUGACAUCUGGACCUUUGGCUCUACGUCUGCCUCCAGGACCUGCCGCCAUUAUCCAGGGACCCCUCAUCAGCCCCACCCUCUUCAGGCCUGCACCUGGACCUCUGAGGGCCACACACACACCUAUUAUCUUCUCUCCUUAUUAGCAACAAGCACAAUGGACUUAGAGUUGUGGACCUAACCCAGCCAAAGCUGGACUAGCAGAAAUCACUGACCCAACCUGCCAUGGACCAUCCAGCUUUGCCUGAGGGACACCAAACUGCUGCAGUCAGAGUGAGAGCAGCAUGAGGAGUUUAACUGAGAUGUUCGAUCCUCUGGUUUGGAUGGAGAUUUCAGCUCUGACUGAGCAGUGUGUCAACCUUUAAAACGUAAGAGUCAUCUCUCAGCUGUUUCCUGUCGAAAGACACUUGAGUGCUUGAUCCCCAGGAUCUGGACCUCUCUACAAGCCAUAAUGAUGUUCAUCUUUUAGGUUUUUAUAUUAUAAUAAUUCACUAGGAUGUUUAAAGGCUUAAGAACAUAUUUUAAAUUCAUUUAGAGCUUUCUAGUCAAACUCUAGGAGGACUUUUUUUAAUUUAUUUUAAUUUUCACAAAUAAAUCAGAAGCAAGAAACUGCAUUAAAACUGGUUAACAUAAAAUAUGUCAAAAUGUUUUAAAAAGAGACAAUAAAGAUCAAUUUAGCACCUCUGAAAAUAUUUGAAUCUCAGCAAAGUUGUAUCUUUACCAACAUCAUCUGAUCUGCAUUUUUAUAUAUAUAUCCACAAUUUUGUGUUUGUCAUUGUCUUCUGUGUUACAGGGUGACAAUCAACCACCACUCUGAUGUAAACAGAUAAAUAUUUGACUAAAUAAGAUAGAGAGCAUUUAAUGUGUUAAACUAUGUGGUUUAUGACAAAGUUAUUUAUUCCAAACCUACAUUUAUUUGACAGGAGCUGUUAAUUUUCUGCCUGCUGCAUUAAUAGGAUGUUACACUUUAGGUCACCCUGUUUAAUACAUCAUUUAUAGUUAGCCUUUAAAAUAAACACAACUAAAAAUUUCAUCUUAUUCUAGGUGCUAGCUACAAACAGAACAUAAAUACAUUGUAGUAAAAACGUGUUACGUGUUCAUUCUGAAGCACUUUACAAUGUCAAAAUGUUCCUUUUAAAGAGCAAGUCACCCCCAAAUCAACUUUUUUUUCUGAUAAACUAUAUAAAUGUGUGUCUAAUCAUGCUGCAGACACGUGUAGUCAAUAGUUGAGCACUUAAUGCGUUCUAGUUAAAAUUUUUAUUUUCUGCCUAAAACUGUCAGUGUUGUGCCAUUGUCAGGUAAAAACUCUGCAUGCCAUCGCUAUUGGCUAAGAGGUGCCCUAGAACGUUAGCUGGUACCAUAUGAUAUCACAAUGUCAUUGUGAGCCUGUGUGUGUGUAUUUGUUAGUGGCUCCGCCCUCUCGGUCUGAUAGGCAAAAGCAUUUGUUGCAUUUUUCAAACAGGAAGUGGGAGUUGAGUAAGAAUCUGGUAGGGGAUGACUUGCUGAAUAAAGGUUUCAGUGCUAUUAAUGAAAAACUAAACAGGGAGACCUAAAGUGUUUCAAGGAAUUUCUCGCAACUGUUUGAUGGUGUUGGUGCAAUAAAAAGAGGCAGAUAUGCUGCUGUUUUUUACGUACAUCUAAAUAAAUCAUGUUUUGAAAUACGUUGAACUAUAAAAAUAGUUUUUUCUACAGUGAUUACAUUAAGAUCAACUUUUGUUUAAUAUAUUCCUCAUACUGAAAUGCUCCAAGCAAUCUGUAUUUUGUUUGUCAUCUGGUAGGAUUAAUGACUAGUGUAAGUGUGCUUUUUUUCAUUAAUGUAAAAUGUGUAUUCCACAUGAACUUAUAAAUAUUCCUGGUUUUUA